AUGAGGCCAGGCAGCGGGCCGCGCAGGACGCUGCGCAGCCUCAGCCUACCGCCACUUUCGCCGCACCGCCCGUGCUCCGCUGACUCGUCCGGCUAUGAAACCGAUACGCCGGACGAGGUGCAGCAGGAGGCGGUCCGCAGGGUAUGCGGCGCGCUCGGCAUGAGGGAGCAGUUCGAGGCGGCGAUGGCGGCGGGCGAGCUGCUCGAGAUGCUCGAGAGCUUGCCGCGAGGGGCGGUCGAGGCCUCCGUUCGGCUGAUGCGCGGUUACAACCGCACGGGCGAGUGGCCAGAGCCCAUCCUCACCAGCCCUGCCCCGCAGCGCGGCCGCUCGCCAAGCCCCGUCGAUGAGUGGUCAGAUGGUUAG